CAAAAACGGUGCUAAAGUAGAAGGAUUUUUUUUAAACACGUGACUUUGUCUCUGGGGAAUGCGGAGCGGUGCCAUGCAGUUCCUUGCGCUGAUCACCGCACUGAAAGCCGCGUGCGUACUGCUGCUCUCCUCGCGCAUCUCCAGCUCCGCGGCAGCCAACAGCAGCGGACGGUGGUGGGGGAUCGUGAAUGUAGCAUCAUCCACCAACCUUCUCACCAAUAGUAAGAAUGUGCAAUUAGCCCUAGACCCUAGCCUUGCUUUGCUAAGCCGUCGGCAGAGGAGGCUGAUACGUCAAAACCCUGGCAUCCUCCAUGCCAUCGCCGCCGGGCUUCAAACUGCCAUCAAGGAGUGCAAGUGGCAAUUCCGCAACCGCCGUUGGAACUGUCCGACAUCCCAAACUCCUACAGUGUUUGGCAAAAUCAUAAACAGAGGCUGCCGAGAGACUGCAUUUGUGUUUGCCAUCACUAGUGCUGGAGUUACCCAUGCGGUGGCGCGGUCCUGCUCUGAAGGCUCUAUUGAGUCGUGCACCUGUGACUACCGGAGACGAGGCCCUGGGGGUCCAGAUUGGCACUGGGGAGGCUGUAGCGAUAAUAUUGACUUUGGCAGAAUGUUUACACGGGAGUUUGUGGACUCCAGCGAGAGGGGCAGAGACCUGCGAUACCUGAUUAAUGUACACAAUAAUGAGGCUGGAAGAAUUACGGUUUCCUCAGAGAUGCGUCAGGAGUGUAAGUGUCACGGGAUGUCGGGCUCCUGCACUAUUCGCACCUGCUGGAUGCAUCUACCCAACUUCAGGACAGUUGGAGACUUACUAAAAGAUCGUUUUGAUGGUGCUUCCAGGGUGGUGUAUGCCAAUAAAGGCAGCAACCGGGCGUCUCAUCGAGCCGACCCCCGGCACCUCCAGCCAGAGAACCCUGCUCACAAACUCCCUUCAACGAAAGACCUUGUCUAUUUUGAAAAAUCACCCAACUUCUGUUCCUACAACAGCAAAACGGGUACGCUUGGCACAUCCGGGCGGACCUGCAACAGUUCUUCACCUGCGUUGGACGGCUGUGAGUUGCUAUGCUGUGGGAGAGGGUAUAAGACCAAGACUGAGAAGAUCACUGAAAGAUGUCACUGCACUUUCCACUGGUGCUGCCAUGUGAGCUGCCUCAACUGCACCAGUACGCAGACUCUACAUCAGUGCUUAUAACAGAAUCAGCAGUUGGCUUUGUUUCAGAGAUCAUCAUAAGGGCAUGGAAGAGGGUGCAAAAAAUAGAGAAGUAACAGACAUGUUGCUUAAUUGGGGGAUUUAACAAACAAGAACAAAAAAACACAUGAAAUGACUAUAUGAUAAUCAGCCAUUUCCUUCAUAUUAUUUUUCUACAUCAAACAGAGCUGUUUGUCAUUGACAUUGUACUGUGAGAGACUUUCCUAAAAGCUGUGCAUUUCUAAAGUGCUUGGUCACAAACCCUAUGUUUAAACAUUUACUCAAAA